AUGCGCAUGCGGGGCGUUUUGAAGCUGUUGCUGAACACGCCCGUAUUCCCAACGACAAGGUAUGAAAUGGUUGGGCAAAAGUCUGUGCGCUUUGUUGGCGUCGAUGCCGAAGCGCAAGACGGCACGAAAUCUGAAGAGGUGUCCUUCUCCGCCUUCCGUUUGAACCUGCACAGCAGCGACCAGCAGGGCAAGUUCUUGGCUGUACUGCGUGAUGCCGCUGAUGGAGCAAAGGAUUGA